GGAAAACUGAAAUUUUGUUUGUGCGUUUUCAGUACUUUGUUACAUUUGUCUGAAAACAGCUUUCGUGGGGUGAGACGUUUACAGGCAAAAUGUCCAUCUUUACCCCAACCAACCAGAUUCGCCUUACCAAUGUCGCUGUGGUGCGCAUGAAGAAAGGAGGAAAGCGAUUUGAGAUUGCCUGCUACAAAAACAAAGUCAUGAGCUGGAGAAGUGGGGCUGAAAAAGAUCUUGAUGAAGUAUUGCAAACCCACUCUGUAUUUAUGAAUGUAUCUAAAGGCCAAGUAGCUAAAAAAGAAGAUCUUCUCAAAUCAUUUGGCACUGAAGACCCGACAGAAAUCUGUAAGCAGAUUUUAUCUAAAGGAGAACUUCAAGUUUCAGAAAAAGAGCGGAGCACGCAAUUAGAACAGAUGUUUCGAGAUAUUGCAACAAUUGUGGCUGACAAAUGUGUAAAUCCAGAGACAAAGAGGCCUUACACUGUUAACCUUAUUGAACGAGCAAUGAAAGAUAUUCACUACUCGGUGAAAGCAACCAAGAGCACCAAGCAACAGGCAUUAGAUGUUAUCAAGCAGCUGAAAGAAACAAUGCAGAUUGAACGUGCCCACAUGAGACUGCGAUUCAUUUUACCAGCUAAGGAUGGAAAGAAAUUGAAAGAGAAACUGAAGCCUUUAAUAAAGCACACAGAGAGUGAGAACUUUGAUCAAGAGCUGGAAAUUGUUUGCUUAAUUGAUCCUGGCUGCUUCAGAGAAAUUGAUGAGUUAAUACGCUGUGAGACUAAGGGAAAAGGCACUCUUGAAGUUCUCAGUCUGAAAGAUGUAGAAGAAGGUGAUGAGAAGUUUGAGUGAAGACCAACGCACUUGCUUUAGCGUCCUCAAAGUUAUUAAAUAACAACUAAACUGAAUAUUUCUAGAAAUGUUAUAUGUUAUAUUUUAAACUUACUGUGCCAGCCCAGAAGUUCCGCAGCCCAAGCACAGAGUAUGUGCUGUAAAUCAGCAGCAAAAACUAGGGAUCUACAGGGAAUAUCUUCAUAUCAUUACAGACACAGUCCUGUAAUGACUUUUGGCUGGUACAGAAGCCCAAAAGAUAAGGUAUAGCAUUUGUAGCCUAAUUCAUUUCUAAGUUUUAUUUCUCAUUUAAAAGACUUUUAACUCCUUUAUAGUUGUCAGACAUUUUGUUUAACAAAAUAUGUCAUGAUUUGCCAAGAAUUUUUUAUUGGUUUCUGCACUUUAAAGCAGAAAAAGUUACAAAAAUGAAAAUAUAAACUUUAUUUAUUUGAUUUUUUUUUCCCCAUGUGUGGUCUAUUUUACAUAGCACAAGAAUGGGAAGAAAUAGAUAUGGAAACAGAGAUUCUGUGCUUUAUGUGCUAAUCAGCAGAUUCUAUACAUAUCCACAGCCCUGCUAACCAGCACACAAACUAUUUUAAAGUGCUAAUUACUAAACAUACUUGCCUAUUUUUGGGAUCUUUCUCACUUAUCCCAAUAUUUCCAGUAUAAAAUGAAGGUUUAUACCCACUAAAUGCAUACAUAUCUGUUACAGAUAUUUUUAAUUCUGUGACUGUUAUUUCCAUUUUCUUCAAUAUCCUCUUUUUAUUUUCCAGGAGGCACGUAUGGUGUAUGUUUUGGUGUUCUGAACAUGUUUCAGAUUAAGCACCAUAAAUUAGCGCUCUUAAGCAUUUAAGCUGGAACUUUCAAAUUUUGCUUUCUAUUUUAAAGUAUCAUAAUUUGUGGUUAUUAAGGCUAUAUUAUAUAUUGUUUGUGCACUUAAGUUUAACGCACUUACUAAGGUACAGGUCUUCCUUGGUACUACACUAUAUUGGCUCUGUUGCAGAGCCUUUAUAAGAGGCCAUAAUUCAGAAAACAAUAUGCAUGUGUGUAUCUGUUCUAAAGCUUAGUUCUUUGCAUGUCCACAUAACUGGCAUCUUAAGUAUGUUAUUAAGAAGAAAAAGGCACCACAGAUACCAAUGAUACUGAAUAUAUUGUUAAAGAAAAAGAACUUGAAAUGUGGAAUUUUUGAUCAGAUGUGUCAGUGGUCAAUGAGUCUUAUUUAAAGAAGAAAGAAUUGUGUAACCUGAUCUAUGAUAAGUGCUUCAGGAACAAUCUGCUCUAAAAAAAAAAACUCACAUCACUAAAUGUAAUGUCACAUCUAUAAAUAUUUAAGGGAUAAUAUACACCUUAUUGUUAAAAAUAAGGAUAUUAGAAGUCACCAGGGUGUUGUGUUAGUAUAUACAUGUGUAAAAGUGUUCAGGCCAACUAAUGGAAUUUUUCUGUUUUGAAAAGGAGGUACAGUAUCUCUUAUGAUACUUAAGGUUUUCAUGAAUGUGCUGGUUACAGGUUCAAGUGCAAUGUACUGGAGACAGGUGGGCUGCCAGUUGUGUUCCAGCCAAUUAAAAUUUCAUAUUAAAAAGGUGGACACAAAAUCUAUUUUUAUAGAAAAGUGAUCCCAUGCCACCCACAGCCCACAGUGGGUAUGUAUCGCCUUGGCGCCAGUUUUACCAGUCACUGGGCUGAAGCCAGCAUGAUCCUUCCAUACACUGAAUUUCUGUUUUCAUUUCUGCUUAAUCCUGUAAAAUUAUUCUGCCACUCCCAGUGUGAUUAAAGAAAACAUUCAAGUAACUCUUCUUCUGCAGCUCUUUCUGCCUCUGAUCUGAGGGUGGCUUGGAGGUAUUUUUCUAUUAAAAGAGGUUUGUAUACCCAGUUCCCUGGUUAUACUGACACAACAAUUUUCAGUGCCAGUUUUGUGGGGAUGUGUAAUGUUGUUGGGCGUUUUGUGCAUGUGGGUAACAGGAAGGCAGAGUUCAAGCACUCUGCACCAGUGAGUAGCAGAAUGGCCCCAGGUUUUAUAGGAACUGUUUGUGUAGGCUAUAAAUGUCAGGUUAAUGCAGAAUAGUCAUUUAUCUAGAGAAAUGCCAUAUUAACCUGUAUUUAUAUAUAAUUCUUAACAAUUUAGUAUAUUUUGAAAACUACAGAAAUUCUAGUUCUAGUGUCAUCUGAGGGAUCUUUGGGUUUUCCAUAUAGUUAGUGACAAGAACCAGCCCUUUGUUGUUAUGUGCACAGGAGUCUUUUAUAUUCCUGAAUAUUUUGCUAUGCAUUGGUGGAAAUAGCUGAAGCUCAAUGUUUCUUUCUUACUGUUAAUUUACAAUGAGAUUUGGUAUAUAGGGUGCAACAAUAAGUUCAUUAGCAAUAGGUAAAUUCAAGUGUUUGGUGUGAGUUUGGUUUGUUUAGUUGUAUUUUAGAGCUGCAUCUAUUAACCAAACUGUAAAACACCUCUGUCUGACUCUUUUCGACAUGUAUUUGAAUGGAACACAGAAACCCAAAUUGUUGCCAAUUUGUAACUCUUAUUUUGCCAGUGGCAGAUUCUAUAUCAUUGGCAGUUAAUGGGUCAGAGAAAUAUCCAGUGCCACCAGCAGUAUUCUCCAGUAAUUUACAUGGAACAUGCUUAAAGCUAUUACUGUACUUAGAAUGGAAUUUUUAAAUGAAUACACAGUAUGUAAUACCAGUGGACUAAUGUUAAGGUGCAAAACAUACAUGUUUUACAUGCAGUUUUCAAGCUUGUGUGCUUUCUUCCAACAUGAAAAACAAUUUUAGAAUAUUUAGUAUGCAUGCACAUCUUAUUCAUAAUGUCUAAUUCAGACCUGUUAAGACCUAUCUACCAUUCUGCAAGCACUUUCUAAAAAAAAGAAGCAAAAGAAAACUAAUCACAUAGGCCUUUAAGCACUGGUAGACUAAAGUAUCCAUUUAGUAUAAGCUAAAGGUAUUUUAAUAUAAAAUGGCACAUUACCAUACCAAUUUAUUAAAUAUUUUGCUUGUUAAGAGUCUUUAUAUAUUUAAAUAAAUAUAAUACUUUUCAAA